UCCGGAAAAUUUCCGACUCGCGUUCCUGUGGAACUUGAAGAUGUUAAAAAGCGACGAUUUGCGCUGUUGUUUAAUUUGAGCGAAGAUGCGUUUCGCUUGGCAGAACCGGUUGAGUUUGGCGAAGGGGAAAACGCGUACAAAGAUUGGAUUGUAAAGUUGAAUCGUUAUUUGAAAGGAAUCAGACUGCUACGGAAACGUUACAAUUUUCAUCGUCGGGAACAGGAGCCUGGUGAGUCUGUUGAUUCGUAUGCUGUUUCUUUGCGAGAAGCUGGAGCUAGAUGUGGUUUCCAUGGUGACGAAUAUUCUAGCAGGUUGGUUAAUCAAUUUAUUUUGGGGUUGAGAGAUAAGGCCACCCAAAACAAGUUGUUACAAGAGCCACCAAACAGUUUAGAUGAUGCCUUGUUAAUUGCUCGAAGAUUUGAGGCAGCAAAUGCCACAAUGAAAACAUUAGCCAGAGAAGCAACAGAAAAAUCAAGUAGAACAACAAUUGGCUCA